AAGGAUACGCAGUGACGUUUCCAGCUGGAGACUCCUCGCUGCGGUGAGAGUCGACCAGAGAGGAGGGAGGCGGCUCAGCGCUCCGUGGCAGGCAGUCGGCAGCAUCAUGGCACCUAUCGGAUUAAAGGCGGUGGUCGGAGAAAAGAUUAUGAACGAUGUCAUCAAGAAGGUGAAGAAGAAGGGAGAAUGGAAGGCUCUGAUUGUGGACCAGCUCAGCAUGAGGAUGUUGUCCUCCUGCUGCAAAAUGACGGACAUCAUGACGGAGGGCAUCACCAUUGUGGAGGACAUCAACAAGCGAAGAGAGCCUCUGCCCAGCCUGGAGGCCAUUUACCUGAUCACACCAACAGAGAAGUCAGUGCACACGCUCAUCGCUGAUUUCAAAGACCCUCAUUCAGCUAAAUACAAGGCAGCCCAUGUUUUCUUCACUGACUCCUGUCCUGAUCCGCUCUUCAAUGAACUGGUGAAAAGCCGAACCUCCAAAGUCACCAAGACUCUGACAGAGAUCAACAUCGCCUUCUUGCCCUACGAGUCUCAGGUAAACAAACAGUUACAUUUAAUUACGCCGUGGCUACUGAUUGGUUUUCCAUUUUGCUUGUCAGUUUUCUGCCUUUUUGCCUCAGAUUUCACUCCAAAAUACGUAGAAAUUCAUGUUGAACUCAAUGUCUGUAAGUGUGUCCAUCUCUUGCUCAUCCGCCAUAAUGUUUGACAGUUUCUGUGUUUUUGUGUUUAAUUUGCUCCACAUAUGGUGAAAUUGUGUCUAAACAUCUCUACCUUGGUGUUAAAUUAAUUCAGAUGAAGCCUUACUAACCUAAAUCUGCAGCAGGACCAAAUCCUUCUCCACAUUUCCCAAUUAGCUUCAUUUGUUCUUUCUUUGUCAACUUGACCAGUUUUCCAUCCCAGCAACAGCAAAGUCUAACCCAAGGAGAAAAACUUUACUGUUGCUCAGAAAGUUCUCUUUUUAGAUGGUUAAUUAAUUAAGUUUAAUAUUGUCAGUAUAUUUCAGAAUGAAGUUUCAACAUGAGAGAAAGUAUCAGGUUGAAAAUUUGGGGAUCUUGAAGAUAAAGUAAAAUAUCAUCUGCAUAUAAAAGUAUUUCGCUUUAACAUUGAUCCACCUUGUUACUAACUCACAAAAAAUCAGAAAAUUUAUAUUUAUUCUUACAAUGUUGAAGCAUAAAUAUCAAGAAAAAAGUUAUUUUAAGGUUAGUAGCUGAACAGAUGUGCAUGUUUUUAAAUGUUGCAACUUUUUUUGCCCAUUUUUGGUAAAGUGAUCAGACUCAGUUGCAUAUUCCAUGGAUUACAAGUCUGAUGUUAUUAUUUCUAAUAACUGCACAGUAUGUAUCUGUUAUAGUCAAUCAAUAGCUUUACGUCAUAAAAACACAGUAAUCAACUGAAAUGUUACAUUUUUCUGUCGUUACACAUCAAAAUGUUUAAGUUUCAUUUAUGAUGAUUCAAAAACAACCAGGAGGGAUUUUAGUUUAGGUUUAGUUUUCUAGAAGUUUAUUCUAGAUUUAUGGUUCAUACAAGCUGAAUGCUGCUUCUCCAUGUCUGUUGCUAUCGUUGUUGUUGUUUAUAAAUUUGCUUUUUAAAUAUUUAGAACGUUUUUGUGUGAACUUUUACACCUGAUGCACCUGAAUUAUUAAUCGGCUUUAGAUCGAUUAAAAUGUGAAGUGGUGCAGUGAAGGACAUGAAUACGAUCAGCGAGUUUGUUUUGUUUUUGAUCUGGUUUUAGAUUCAGAGAGAAAACAGAGAAUCGGGUGUCGGAUGCUGAGUCAUGAUUCGCUGUUUACUGCAGACUGAUCCAGAAACAUUUCUCACACUGAUUCCUUUCCCUCCAUGUUUUCACUCCCACAGUCGAUUCUGUGAUUUUCCUCUCUCAGCUCUUCUUUUAUCUGUUUAUUUCUCUCUAUUUUUCCCUCCAUCCUUCCCCAUUAACCCAUUUUUUGCGUUUUUGCUGCGUUCCUCCUCUCCUGUCAGCAGCGAUUAAUUCAGAGUCGGUGGUUUUUCUGCUGGAGGCAAAGCGAUGCCUCGGUGUCCCGCCCACAAGCAGAAUGAGUGAAUCUGAUUGGUUGGAGCCGGACAUACGCGACGUUUGUAGCCAAUCGCUGCUGAGCAAAGCAAAGGAUCCAACUGCAGAGCAUAAACGGUCAUGUGAUGAUGGACAGAUGGAGAUGAAGGAGAGAAA